AUUGACAAGCACAGGCCUUGACUUCUACUCAGCGUUUCUUUGCAUCGAACUGGAUUCAUGCAGUGUAUUUUGACAUAUAGCUUUACUGGGUAGCUCUUUCAAUCCCUACGUCAACUCGUGGGUCUAUGUUAUACCUUCAACUUCGGUUAUCUUGAUGCGAUGUUUCAAUCCUCUGGCUGCACUGAUGGCCUCACAUUACGUCUUGGGUAGUGAUAGAACUGUUCCAAAUUCAUUGAGUUGGUGCAUCAUUAGUUAGCAGUGUCAUGUAACAUAUACUGGCCAUUUUUUCAUCUAGUACCAAGCAUAUCAGAAGAUGCUCUCGUCUUUCGCUUGCAAAAUACGCUGUUGCUGCCCACAAAUUAUCUUACGCGUACCUUGUACCUGUUACAACCAUAGUAUCGACGGUAUUUGUCGCACUAAUAUAUUCCUGAAUGGAUGCAAUUGCAUGUACUACGACAUUACGGACUGGGAUGAAGAUAUGUACCACAAACCACCCUUCAUUAAUGAAACCUAUGUAAUUAAUGUUAAGCAGCCCGAGUUAGUAGAGAUGUUGGAGAAGCUCAAUGCCGUCGAGUUGCUGGAAAAGAAUUGAAAGGCGGGUUUUUUAUAGAUGCAAAUCUAAUCCCUCCCGCCUCCAGGAUUUCUUGCUACUUUAGUAAAAUAAAGUGUUUUUCGGCGGUGCUGCAUGAAUGGAGACUACAGGCUGAGGGAGUGUCUCUGGAACAGUCGCAACUCCGACCCGGUUCUCAUUGAUGACGCUCAAUCUUCGUGACGCCUUCCAUCUACUGUUGUCAGAUGGAUGUCGGAAGUAUUUAUGUUCGCGUCGACUGACAUGGGAGUUCGCAGCAAACUGGUACGCAUCGACUCAAAAGUUGACUUUUCAUGCCCUGAACUUGUAGAGGUGGGAGUUAGCAGUUAUAUCUCGUGAGAGGCUGGCCAGUUCUGCAUAAACUAUGGAGGUUGCAGUCUUCUACGUGAUUCUACCAGCGCCAGUGCUUAUGAGCUUCUAAAUUCUGUGUGUCAUGAAGCGAGAGUGAUGCUUCCAAGGUCGCCUUUCUGACGAGAUCCCGCAGUUUUUGUGGACGGAAAAAAAACGAUUUGGAAGGUCGAAGUAGGUUCCUUGGGUUCAAUGAGGUGGUAGUGAGCGGCCAAAGUUUCGCUGAAGGCUGGGGGCUGCGCCAGCUCCUCGGAAUGACUUACGUUUGCGAUUAUCUCACCUCAAGAACAAUGUGUAUCUGCAUUGCAGUUGUUUACGAGUUACAGGUCGCUGGAGGAUUAUGGCCUAGUUGCGAAAUGCUUGACCAGUGACUGGAGUGCAACGUUCUCUAGUGAAUUGAUGAGUGUCAGCACCCACAGACGACGUCACGGAUUGUCUUAGACCUCUUUUCGACAGCUGGUGGAAAUCGAAUUGAUGCCCGUUGCUAUGGAUACAAAGAAAUCUCUGGUACUGUUGCAUGUCCUGCUCCUGGCAUGGUCGGCAGCACCUGUGCGAAGCGCACCAAUGGGACCCAUCAAAACAAUAGUGUUACUUGUCAUGGAGAAUCGCUCAUUUGAUCAUUUCAUGGGUCUUAUGAAGAAGAUAAAUCCUGAAAUUGAUGGACUUACUGGAACGGAAGAUAACCCCAUCACUCCCGGGGACCCAAAAGCUCCUCGAAUCAAAGUUUCGGACAUGGCUGAGUUCGUCGAUCCCGAUCCUGGACACGAAUUUGAGCAGAUUGCGGAGCAGAUUUACGGAUCCAUGGAGAGAGUGAAUUUAACGACGGCAACCAUGGACGGUUUCGUGGCGCAAGCCGAGAGCGUAAUGCCAGGCUUAUCGAAGCGGGUGAUGAGUGCCUUCCGACCCGAAGUCGUGCCUGUGACCACCGCACUAGCCAUGAACUUUGCUGUUUUCGACAGAUGGUUCUCGUCAGUGCCGAGCUCCACCCAGCCCAAUCGGCUCUUCGUGCAUUCGACGACCUCAAACGGCCUUUUAUCGAACAACGAGGUCAUUCUUUUGAAGGGCAUGCCGCAGAGGACUAUCUACGAGGACGUCGACGACGCGGGUCUGUCUUUCGGCGUGUAUUACCAACAGAUCCCCGCCACGCUAUUCUUCCGCAACAUGAGGAAGCUGAAGUACGUGAAAAAUUUCAACACUUACGAUCGCUUCAAGUCUGACGCCAAGUCUGGGAAGCUCCCAAACCUUGUGGUGGUUGAGCAGCGCUACUUCGACGUCGCUGGCACGCCCGCGAACGACGACCAUCCCACGCACGACAUCUCCCAAGGCCAGAAGCUCAUUAAGGAAGUAUACGAGACCCUGAGAGUCAGUCCCCAAUGGAACCAAAUACUGUUUCUGAUCACGUAUGACGAGCACGGCGGAUUCUAUGACCACGUUCCGCCGCCUGCCCAUGGCGUUCCCAGCCCUGAUGGCGUCAAAGGCCCCGCCCCUCACUACUUCAACUUCAACAGGUUGGGGGUUCGCGUGCCAACAAUCGCCGUCUCCCCUUGGAUAGAGAAAGGCACAGUGGAGCAUCGGCCUCAGGGCCCGACACUGACGUCAGAGUACGAGCAUUCUUCCAUCGCUGCCACGGUCCGGACACUGUUCAGUCUCCCGCAACCCCACCUCACAGCGCGCGAAGCGUGGGCUGGAAACUUUGCCCACAUCAUCUCUCGUACGACACCUCGCACCGAUACGCCAGUGACGCUGCCGAGUCCGCCGUGGUCGCUUCGACACUCCCAUGCGAACGAAUCCAGGGCCUUGUCGCUGUUCCAGGAGGAGCUUCUCCUUCUGGCCAAGUCGUUGCGGCGGAAGCUUGGCAUGGGGGACACUGCCAAUGAAAAAUCGCAGGACCAAACAUCAGCUCUGAACAUCGGCGAGGCCAAUUUCUACAUCCAGGAUGCGGUGAGCAGCUUCAUGCGGCGAGGCAAGGCCCAGCUCCAGGCUGGCUUGGAUCCCAACUCCCAAGUGCAUCCUUGAGCCAUUCUCUGCAACACCAUCUCUACAACACUAUCCGUGGGAAGUGCACAUGAAUUUGUGGCUGCCUCUUGUCUAUCCUCUUCGAAAUCACCGCAUUCGCAAGCAGUUGUCAACAUUCCAGGAUCUUGUAUGUGCUCAUGAGUGAGCAUGUAUAUGCACACCAAUGGGUCUUUACUUUGCCGAGUCAUGGGUUGAACCCAACACUUCUUUCCUUUUUUCUCAUUUGAGGUACUUCUCUAAAUGAUUGGUGUAGGUUUAGUUUAGUGAUUGUUGGUUUGGGUUGGACAAGUUCAAAUCUUGAAAGCCCUCCAGCGUUGAACUUGUGCUCGGGUUUAAGAGUGAAGUUAAACGAGAUUUAUUCUGUGUUUCCCUCUUUUA